AUGAGAUUUUAGGAAUAAAUUUUAUUUUUUAUAAGUGCUUGCACAUUAAUCUAUUUCGCAUAUGAAAAUGAUUAUGAUAAUAUGAAAAAUAGAUAUAGAGGAAUAAUUGGGUGCAUAUUAUUUAUAUGUAUGAUGGGUUCCUUGAGACCUUAUAAUGGUCCAAUAAAACGGUUUAUAGGAUAUUGGAGAUUUAUGUUUUGGCUUGGUGUAUGUUAUAAUGCAUUUCUUAUAUUUCUAAUAUUUUAAAAUGAAAUAGAAGCAAGAUAAUUGAUGAAAUUAGGUGAUUAGAGUUUGGGUAGAUCUGUAACNUUAGAACAUUAAUUUCAAGAAAACUUCUUUUUACUUUAAGUUGAUUAAGAAUCAUCUAAGAUAUCUCUAGAAAAUGAUUGA